AUGCUGCAGCAUUGUCUGAUUGCAACGCUGCUAAUCGCCGUUGGCGUUCAUGCUCAAACCAAGGAGAAGGACGAAUUCACAUGCCCCUCACACAUUGCCAAUGGAAACUAUGCUGAUCCUGCGACCUGUCGCCGCUUCUAUCAGUGCGUCGAUGGAUACCCCUAUUUGAAUCGCUGUCCAUCUGGCCUCUACUUUGACGAUGUGCAAAAGUUCUGCACAUUUAAGGAUGAAGCCAAGUGCGGACCGUUGCCAACAACACCUGCGCCGGCAACGGAUGCACCCGCCGACACCGCUCAGCGCUGCAAUACGGACGAAUGCCAGCUGCCCUACUGCUUCUGCUCCAAGGAUGGCACCCAGAUACCUGGCGAGCUGGAGGCCGAAAAGAUACCGCAAAUUAUAAUGUUGACAUUCGAUGGUGCCGUCAACUUGAAUAAUUAUGAUCAUUAUCAGAAAAUAUUCAAUGGCAAGCGCAAGAAUCCCAACGGCUGCAACAUACGUGGCACAUUCUUCCUAUCCCACGAAUACAGCAACUAUCAACAGAUCCAGCAUCUGGGCUAUGCCGGUCACGAAAUCGCAACCGAGAGCAUCUCACAGCAGCUGGGACUCCAGGACAAGGGCUACGAGGAGUGGGUCGGCGAAAUGAUUGGCAUGCGUGAAAUUCUGCGUCACUUUGCGAAUGUGUCCGCGAACGAUGUGGUUGGCAUGCGUGCACCAUUCCUCAAGCCUGGCCGCAAUACUCAAUACAAGGUUUUGGAAGAUUUUGGCUACAUUUACGACAGCUCCAUAACUGUGCCACCAAUUCCAGUGCCCGUCUGGCCGUACACGCUGGACUUUAAGAUCUCGCACGAGUGCAAGAGCGGCACAUGCCCAUCGCGCACUUUUCCGGGUGUUUGGGAGGUGCCAUUGAAUACCCAUUAUGUUGAGGGCUUUGAGGGCGGUCACUGCCCCUAUAUGGAUCAGUGUGUGCUCCAUAAUUUGGAUGAAAACGAGGUGUUCGAAUGGCUGCAGGAGGACUUUUCGCGAUACUAUGAACAGAAUAAGGCACCCUACAUGAUGCCCUUCCAUACAAACUGGUUCCAGACCAAGCCAUUGGAAAAUGGCCUGCACAAAUUCUUGGACUGGGCGCUUGAAUUACCCGACGUCUACAUACUGACCGUCACCCAGAUGCUGCAGUAUAUGACUGAUCCCAAGGAGCUGCGCGAUGUAAGUCAAAUCGAGUCCUGGAAGUGUGACAAAAAUAUUGCCGUUGCGCCCAAGCCCUGCAACAUUUGGCAAACGUGUGCGCUGCCAUUCAAGAUACCUGAGCAAAAUCUGACAGAUACUCGCUACAUGGAGACGUGCCGCGAGUGCCCCAAUGUUUAUCCAUGGCUGGGCGAUGCUGCCGGUACGGGCAUCUCCGGGCGUGACAAUUACAUUUUCUCGGGUCCCAACAACGAGGCGCCCGAGGGGGAUGAUGCUGCCAAGAGAAAGUAGAGCGUUUUGUGAACGCCUUUGUCUACAUGUACCCUCCUCACCUUUUUCCAUUCUACUCUUUAUUUGCACUUUUUCCAUGUUUUCGCUGCGUUUUUGUUUUUUUGCCCU